CUUUGGUCAAGUGGCGACCUACUAGUUUGACUUUUAUUAUGUUAGUAUUAUCAGUUUAAAUGAGAUUCUCCGACCAACGCUGUUAAAGGUCAGACAUUGCAAGCUUGAACUCAAGUGCUUGCAAAUCUCCAGAACCAAGAUGCCAUCUGUAAAGCCCUCAGUCAACGUUGUGAAUUUAGGGAGGGUGGCAUAUCGGAGUGCCCUACAGAUACAGCAGCAUUACAUCAAACAACAUUUUGAUUCCUCUAUUCAGACUCCAAACACUGUGCUGUUGUGUGAACACAAGCCUGUUUACACUAUUGGUAUUAGACAAGCACCAUACCCAGCUGAGGAGGAACAGAGACUUAAAGAUCUGGGGGCAGAUUUUGUCCGUACCAACCGAGGAGGCCUGAUCACGUUUCAUGGGCCGGGGCAGCUGGUCUGUUACCCCAUAAUCAACCUGGGCUGCUUUAAGAAGAGUGUAAGGUGGUACGUGUGUGGGCUGGAACAUUUGGUGAUUCAAAUGUGUGCAAAAUUUGGAAUCAAAGCCUCCACCUCACCAGAUACAGGCGUCUGGGUUGGAAACAACAAGAUCUGUGCAAUUGGCAUCCAUUGUGGCAGAUACAUCACCUCUCAUGGUUUGGGACUAAACUGCAACACUGAUAUGAGCUGGUUUAACCACAUUGUUCCCUGUGGGAUUGUGGGAAAAGGAGUCACGUCGCUUAGCCGAGAGCUUGGUCGGGACGUGACUGUCCAAGAGGUUGUUCCUGUGUUACUGCAGGCUUUUAGAGAACAGUUCAACUGCACCCUGAUUAACACGGAAAAUGUUUACAAAAAGACUGAAGAAUCAUCUGAUCGGACAGAACAGACUGCUAACUGAAACACAUCUAAAAUUGAUCUAAAAUUUUCAAAUGUUAAUCAUGAAUUUCAUUAACAGCUGUUAAGUGUACAGCUUUUUCCAUCUCCACUUGGUGUCUGAUGCUAUUUUUUACAACUGGAAAAAAUUAAAGAAAUCUAGCCUACCAAUAACAUUAUUUCUUGUGAGCUUAGUGUGCAAAUGAAUCACUUGACUAGCAUGAUUCCAAACCACUUGGUUCAGAGAGUGGAUAGAUGCCUUUAUAUUGUUUGUAUAAAAAUAAAAGUUAAAGGGAACGUUUUCCUUUUAAGAUUUAUCGUACAAAAUACAACAGUAUGUUUUGUGAUGUGUGUAGGUACACCACUGUACAUGCACAUAUAAAAAAUACACACCCUUGAGGGAUUUCUGAGGGCAUAUUUCAUUUUCAGGUUCAAUAAAACUACAGUUUAUUCUUA